GAAAACCACACGAAAUGUAAGGCGUGGUGCUAAUGGAUAAAUCUUGACAUGGCCACUGCAACUGUUCCCUCCUCCCAUCGCCUCCAUUUCUGCUUCGUCUCUUCAUCCUCUUCCAAAUUCUCAAUUACUAGACAAUUAUCCCUAAAUUGUCCCCCAAAAAAUCGUCUUUCACUAGUCUUUUGUUGUUCUUCUUCUACUACUCCGCCAUCAUCGUCGUCGCCCCAAGUCAGUGAACCCACUCCCAAUGCUGAGUCUUGCGUCAAUGCGGGCCUCGACCUCUUCUCUAAAGGACGGGUGAAAGAUGCUCUUAUGCUGUUCGACACAGCACUUACUUUAAAUCCCAACCCUGUGGAGGCUCAAGCUGCAUUUUAUAACAAAGCAUGCUGCCAUGCCUACAGGGGCGAAGGAAAGAAAGCUGCUGACUGUUUACGCACUGCUUUGAAAGAGUAUAACCUAAAGUUUGGCACAAUCCUUAAUGAUCCGGAUUUGGCUUCCUUCAGAGCAUUGCCUGAAUUUAAGGAACUACAGGAAGAGGCUAGGUUAGGAGGGGAAGACAUAGGGUACAGUUUCCGUAGAGACCUUAAGCUCAUCAGUGAGGUACAAGCACCAUUUAGGGGGGUUAGAAGAUUCUUCUAUGUGGCAUUCAUCGCUGCUGCUGGCAUUUCUACAUUUUUCACUAUACCCAGGUUAAUCCGUGCAAUUCAAGGUGGAGAUGGUGCUCCUGAUUUUGGGGCGACUGCAGGAAAUGCUGCUAUAAAUGUCGUUGGUAUUGUUGUUUUUGUGGCGUUGUUGUUUUGGGACAACAAAAAAGAGGAGGAACAGCUUGCACAAAUAUUGCGUGAUGAAACACAAUCAAGGCUGCCUAUGCGCCUUUCAACUGAUAGGAUUGUUGAACUCGUCCAGCUAAGAGACACCGUGAGGCCUGUUAUUUUGGCUGGAAAAAAGGAGACAGUCUCUCUGGCUAUGAGAAAUGCUGAGAGAUUCCGGACUGAGCUUCUGAAACGCGGAGUCCUUCUAGUUCCUGUUAUUUGGGGUGAUGGUAGGGAAACAAAAGUAGAGAAGAAAGGUUUUGGUCUUUUGCAAAAGGCAGUCGCUUCCCUCCCAUCCAUAGGGGAAGAUUUUGACCAAAGAACUCAGUCAAUAAUUGCAAAAUCAAAACUGAAGUCAGAGAUCCGGUUCAAGGCGGAGGUCGUUUCACCUGCAGAGUGGGAAAGGUGGAUAAGGGAUCAACAGAAGUCUGAAGGUGUUACUCCUGGUGAAGAUGUCUACAUUAUACUUCGUCUAGAUGGUCGUGUUCGACGAUCAGGAAAGGGGAUGCCUGACUGGGCUCAAAUUUUAAAGGAACUGCCUCCAAUGGAAGCAAUAUUAAGCAAGCUAGAAAGAUAAUACAAGUUCCUCUUGCUGUGUGCUAAAAGCUUUUCACUACCUGGUAUAUUUUUGGUCAGUCUCCUUUCUUGAAAUAUACAAGACAUUAACUGAUGCCUGUCGAGCUCUUCUGUUUUACGUUCCAUUUUUGCAAGUACAUAAUAUUGUACUAUAAAUUGAUAUUUGCCAGAUGAAUAUCAGCUGAAAUGAAAUUUCACAGAAA